ACGUCUGAUAGUCUGGCGACUGGCAACACUGCGGACGUCUCCAAAUUUGAGGAUGUAUGUUUAGAUUUCAUAAGAUCUACUCAUUGAAAUUAUUUAAAUCAGGUAUUUGGAAAACAAAUAUUACACACUUAUUCGGAUAGUUGUAUUUUAUAUUUUUCAAUGCAAAGAAAGGACAAAUGUUACUUUUUGGGCGAGCACUCCCUCUUAUUCCGACAGCAAGCGAACGCAGCAUUAAAGCGACACUACUCUACCGAACUGGAUUCGCUUCAAAUGGAAUGAGCAUGAUUGAGAACAUCGGAGAAGUGUCGCCAGCCGAGCGCCAGCAGGUUCUGGAAGCUCUGGAGCGGCUGCAGGCCAAGCUGGUCCGGAAGGAGGAGUGGAGCCACUGCAGCGAGCGUGUGGGGACUCUGAAGGAGACCCUGCAGAGUCCCCUCUUCACUCACAUCCUGACCCUGCAGCACUCCAUCAGGCAGCUGAGGAACCAGCUGAGCAGCAUGCCGCCAGACGUCGGCAGCCAGUUCAAUUUCUCCAAAAAGGGUCAGCUGAUCUUGAGCGCGGGGGGCUCAACUCAGACCAAUGGCUGGCCUCCACCCACCCAUCAGACCGACGACCUUCAGGAGUGGCUCUCGUCCGCUGCCAAGGGCCGAAACACAGAAGGCGUCAGACUGACUCGCCCACAGUCAGGUGGUCUUGGUUUCAGCGUGGUGGGUCUUCAUCCAGGAAGCAGCAGUCAGGACGUGUUUGUCAAACACAUCCAGCCUGGAGGCGUGGCCCACAGGGACGGGCGGCUUCAGGUGCGGGAUCAGAUCCUGGUGAUAAACGGACGCCCCCUGGUGGCGGGGAUGAGCCACCAGCAGGCGCUCACUUUGUUGCAGCAACCUGGCGAGACGGUGGAGCUGCUGGUGGCGAGGGACCGCCCAUCCAGGGUAUCAUCAGCAUCGACACUGGCGGUGGAUGACAAAGACGCGGGUCAGUGGGGUCACGUGGAGGAGAUCCAGCUGGUGAACGACGGUUCCGGUUUGGGCUUUGGUAUCGUGGGCGGGAAGACCGCCGGCGUGGUGGUGAGGACUCUCCUCCGAGACAGCGUGGCUGACAGGGACGGGCGUCUCCGCACAGGUGACCACAUCCUUCGCAUUGGGGCCACGCCCACCAGUGGUCUCACCAGUGAUCAGGUGGUCAAGGUACUGCAAGGGUGCGGGAGUCAUGUGACCAUGCUGAUAGCCAGAGACCCGUGGAGCCAGGGGACAAAUGCCCCGCCUCCUCCGCCGCCCCCAGACUCCGCCCCGGUGUCCGCAAUACCCCCGCCACUUCCAGAGCAGCCUCCCCAGCGGCGGGCCAGCAGGAUGCCCAACUUGGAGGGCUACGAGAUCCAUGAGGUUCCGCUGACCAAGAAGGACGGACAGAGCCUGGGAAUCUCCAUCAUCGGACACAACCCCCUCACCAGCCAAGAUGCGGUAGGCGUGUUCAUCAAGAACGUGGUCCCAGGCAGCGCCGCGGAUCACAGCGGAAAUAUCCGAGUGCACGACCGUCUGAUUGGCAUGGACGACGUCAGCCUGCACGGUCUGACCAAUCAGGAAGUUGUGGAGGUGAUGAAGCGGACUGGCAGGACCGUGGUCCUGACUUUGGUCAGGAAGAAGACCAAAACUCUCGAGAGGUCCCUAGACAGAGUGGAGUCUUCUCGGGGGUCACUGCGGAGGUCGCCGGAGGAAACGCACAACAGAAUCAACGCUCCAGAUGCGGCACUGAAGGCCAAGUGGCAGCAGUCUUUGGGUCCACACUACCAAGUCCUGGUAAUAAACUUGGAUCCUGUGAUUGAAGACGAUGCUGAGCUUCAGAGGUCCUCCAAGCUGCUGCCCGUCCACAUGUUGCGACUCGGCGUGGAGUUGGACUCGUUUGACGGUCACCACUACAUCUCCUCUGUGGCACCAGGAGGCCCCGUGGACAAACACGGCGUCCUGAGACCGGAGGACGAGCUGCUGGAGCUUAAUGAUGUGCAGCUGUAUGGAAAGUCUCGUCGGGAGGUGAUCUCUUUCCUCAAGGAAGUGCCCCCCCCUUUCACGCUGGUGUGCUGCCGACACGCCGCCCUCGACACGGAAGCAGAAAAAGAGUUGGAAUAUGAAUUAGGACAACGACCAGGAAGCAGCGUGGAGGACUUGGAGGUAAAACUGGCGUCGGCUCUUUGCAGUCAAACGAGCGAGAUGCAACAGGAGCACCAGGAAACCAUGCAGCAGGUCAUGGAGGUGGAAGAGGAGGAAGGGGAGAGGAGUGAACACAGCCAAGAAGAGGAGGAGGAGGAGCUGGCUCUCUGGUCCACCAAUGUUGACAUGUUGGAGUUGCACAAGGAGGCAGAUCGAGGUCUGGGCUUCAGCAUCCUGGACUACCAGGACCCACUGGAUCCCGCUCGCUGCGUGAUGGUGAUCCGCUCUCUGGUUCCCGGCGGCUCGGCCGAAACACACGGAGGUCUGCUUCCUGGAGACCAGCUGGUGUCUGUGAACAGCAUCCUGCUGGACCAGCUGAGCCUGGCCCAGGCCGUGGAGGUCCUCAAGUCCGCCCCGCCAGGUGUCGUCCGUCUGGGCAUCCGCACGCCUCUGGUGGUGGAGGGCGGCGGGCUCGAUGGCGACCAGAUGUCAGUCAGAGACAUGCCUCAAUUGCAGGGGCCUGCAGAAGACAACCUUGGUCUAGAAGAAAUGGAGGAGGAGCCAGAGCUGAUCCUGGACGGUGGCCUGCCUCGCUACGCCGCCCCUUCUCUGACCUCUGACCUUCCUGUGGAGGAGGGCAGGGAGAUGGCUGUGGACGAGGAGGAGGAGAAGAUGAGCUCCCUUCCCAGGAAAGCUCCCCCGUCGUGGGAGGAGUGGAAGCUGACGUCCUCGCUUCCAGCUGAUGAGACUGCAAGAGGAGACGUCCAACUUCCAUCUUUUACUUCCACUAUGGUGCCUGCUAAUGAUCCAAUGAUGCCUCCAGGUGAAUCCACAGACGGGGAGGCCGGCUCAGACGUCACCGUGACCGAGUCCAUGAGGGUGAUUGACAUGGAGAAGAGGAGGAGGCGGAGUCAAGGAGGUCACAAAGACCUUCCUGAGCGUGAGGAGGGGGAGGGGGAGGAAACCCCUCCUUUCAGUCACUGGGGACCCCCCCGCAGAGUGGAGGUGUGGCCUGAGGAGGGCCGGUCACUGGGCCUGAGUAUUGUGGGAGGUCAUCACGUCAUCAAGCGCCUGAGGAACGGAGAAGAACUCAAGGGAAUCUUCAUCAAGCAGGUCCUCGCUGGAAGUCCUGCUGCCAGGACCCAGUGUCUGAAGACGGGAGACAAGAUCCUGGAGGUGUCGGGUGUAGACCUGCGGGCUGCCAGUCAUGAACAGGCAGUCAAUGCCAUCAAGUCAGCUUUGAGUCCAGUGGUCUUCAUCGUGCAGAGUCUGACUACUACACCACGGGCGGUGUCUCUACCAGCGACCAUGUCCAACAGAAACAAAGCAGACAAGAGCACACACUCCCUGGCGCCAAGAUUAGCCCCGCCUCCUGUGCGACAGCCUCCACCAUACAGGCCUCCCAGCCAAUCAGAGCAGGAGCUGAACUUGGAGCUGAAGCAGGCCGAAGAGCGUUGGUGUGAGCGUUAUGGCGAGCUGCGGGGGGAGCUGCUGUGCGUGGAGCUGGAGAAGGAGCGGCAAGGUCUGGGCCUCAGCCUGGCGGGGAACCGUGACCGCUCCCGACUCAGCAUCUUUGUGGUGGGGCUGCAUCCUGGCGGGGUGGCUGCACGGGACGGACGCAUCCUUGUAGGGGAUGAACUCCUGGAGGUGAACGAUGAAAUCCUCUAUGGGCGGAGUCACCAGAAUGCAUCAGCCAUCAUCAAGAGCUCCGCCUCCAAGGUUAAACUCAUCCUGCUCAGAAACCAAGAUGCUCUGAACAACAUGGCCGUCCCCCCCUUCCUCCCUCCCCCAGCUACCAGCCCUGAGCCGCCGCCCUCCGGUGAGUCCACUCCCACGGACUGGCCCCGUCCCCCAGACAACGAAACGCUGCGCUCAUCCGCAGACUUGCAGGUGAGGCGUACUAAUCAUGCAAACGACCACACGUCCUCCACUGCUGCUGACGUCACGCAGGACGACACCAGCCGACGGGCGCACGAACCCCACGCCGCCGAUCCCCGCGGUCUGAGGGAGGACGACGCCAGCGCGGAGACGUGGACACAUGGGCAGGCUGCCAGGGCCCCCACGGAGCAGCAGCUCAUCAAAGUGUGUGGUCAGUCGGUCAGGCGGUCCGGUGGCGGCGAAGACGGGGGUGCGUGGCGUGACACGAUAAAAGCGGCAGGAAGCUCCGCCUCCUCGGAGCCUCAGCGCUGCGUGGUGCUUCCCGGUCAGGAGACCACCUUGGAGAUCUGUAAAGGUGGAAGUGGGCUGGGACUCAGCGUCGUGGGAGGGAGAGACACGCAGCUGCAGGCCAUCGUGAUCCAUGAGGUGUACGAUGAAGGUGCAGCAGCCAGGGAUGCUCGACUGUGGGCGGGAGAUCAGAUCCUGGAGGUGAACGGGGUGGACUUGCGUGGGGCUUCACACCAAGAGGCCAUCUCGGCGCUCAGGCAGACGCCGUCCAAAGUUCUUCUGACGGUUCUGAGGGAUGAGGCUCGCUACCCGCACCACCAGAACCUGGACAUCUUCCUGGUGGACCUCCACAGGAAGAGUGGACGAGGGCUCGGCGUCAGCAUUGUUGGAAAAAGGAGCGGCAGUGGCGUGUUCAUCUCUGAAGUGGUCAGAGGGGGCGCUGCUGAGCUGGACGGUCGUCUAAUGCAAGGAGACCUCAUCCUGUCUGUUAACGGCCAUGACACAAAACACGCCUCCCAGGAAGCUGUGGCCGCCAUGCUGAAGUGUGCACGAGGUCCCGUCUUGCUGGAGGUGGGUCGACUCAAAGCUGCUUCCUGGACCACCUGGAAGGAUGACGUGGGACCACAAAGAGUUGUGACCCCUCCCCUCUCAAAGACGCCAACACCCAACCCAUGCAGUGACAUUGUAGCUCCAAGCAGCAGCGUGAUGGCACAAGAAAAUGAUGUCACUUCCUGUCCUGACGACAUCACAGAUGAGGACGUCCGCACCGUGCACAUCGCCAGGGGUGCAUGUGACUCUCUGGGGGUGAGUAUAGCAGGGGGCAGGGGGAGCCCUUUGGGAGACGCCCCCAUUUUCAUCGCCAUGAUUCAAGACGAUGGCGCCGCCGCCAACACACAACAACUAAAGGUGGGCGACAGGAUCAUUAGCGUCAACAAUCAAUCAGUGGAGGGUCUGUCUCAUGACGACGUGGUCAACAUGAUGAAACACACACAUGGAGACAUUUGUCUGCAGGUGGUGGCAGACACCAACAUGAGUGCCAUCUUCAGUCAGCUGGACAACUUGUCCACUUUGUCUUCUCACACUGAGGACACACACACACUAGGUCCACCUUCCCGUACUAUCUGUCUAGAGAAGACUAGUGAUGGACUGGGCUUCAGCAUCGUGGGUGGAUUUGGGAGCACACAUGGAGAUCUGCCCAUCUAUGUCAAGACUGUCUUCAGCAAGGGUGCAGCGGCGGUGGACGGACGUCUGAAGCGAGGCGAUCGGCUGUUGUCCGUCAACAGUGAAAGUCUGGAUGGCGUCACACACGAGCAGGCGGUCGCCAUCUUGAAAAAACACACAGGAGCUGUCAGACUGGAAGUACUGUCCUAACACACACAAACACACAAACAACUAACGCUAGCAGCCUUGUUGUUAGCAGAGCUUGCUACAUUAGCUUGUUGUGUCACGGACAAAAAGACAAAUGUGAUUUCAUGUUGAAACCUCGUUGCCACUUCCUGUGAACAAUAGCAACAACAGCGUCUUCCAAGUAAUCCCAUUCAUGCACUCAUUUAGGCUUUGCUUACCACCACAACCUAGCAAACUAGCUCCUGUUCAACUUUAGUUGUCUCUGUUGAUUGUUGUCUUAUAAAAUGACCAGAAAUAGAAAUAAAAUUAUAUGUUUAUCACGAGCUGAUCACUUUUUUUUUUUUGCCUUUUGCAAUUUCUGCUAUUGCUAAUGGUGAUGUCAUCUUUAGGAAGAGCAGGUUGACUUUACUUGGAAGGUAGAAUCGUGUUUUUUUUCUGGCAUUGCGACGCCUCCAGAAGCUCACCAUGGCAACCACCGUCCAUUUACAGGUGUAACUCCAAAAAUGUGAAUACCGUGCAAAAGUCUGUUCAUGACAACAAUAAAUGUCAAACUAAUAUGUGAUAUGAAAUAAUAAUAUACAAAGUGGAAUAUGUCCAGCUUUUGUUUAGCAUUUGAUGAUCCGGGUUUACAGUUUUUGAAACCCCCCAAAUGUUCAAACCUUUUCAAUUUGAGGUUUUCAUGACCAUAAUCAUCAAAACUAUACUGUACAUAAAAAUAUAUACAGUCCAGGCCAAAAGUUUGGACACACCUUCUCCUCAUUCAAUCUUUAUGUCCAUGACUAUUUACAUUGUAGAUUGUAACAUCAAAACUAUGAAUGAACACAUGUGGAGUUAUGUACUUAACAAAAAAAGUGAAAACAUGUUUUAUAUUCUAGUUUCUUCAAAAUAGCCCCCCUUUACUCUGAUUACUGCUUUGCACACUCUUGGCAUUCUCUCCAUGAGCUUCAACAGGUAGUCACCUGCAAUGCUUUUCACUUCACAGGUGUCAUAGUUUUUGAUGUGACAAUCUAUAAUGUAAAUAGUCACGAAAAUACAGAAAACACAUUGAAUGUGUCCAAACUUUUGGCCUGUACUGUACAUGUUGCAAAGGAGAAGAAAGCACGCACACACACACUGUUGUUGUUGUUGUUGUUGACAAUAACAAAACAUGGCAUGGCACUGAGGGAUAUGAAGGAAAACACCACCUUUGAGGGGUCCACACUGAAGAAUAACUCAAAUUAACGCCAUCUAAAAAUUGUUUCAAAUAAAUAAAAUACAAAUAACACAUUAAUAAGUUAAUAAAAAUGGAAAAUUGACAGAAUACUAGUAUUAAGAUAGAAAACAACACAAUAAAUAAUAUAAAAACAUGAGAGUUUAUCAUGAUGAGUAAGAAAGCUGAUUAAAAAGCCUUUUUUUUCAGUUCUGCAGUCCUGAGGUUCUCUGGCAAGCUGUUCCACACUUGGGGGCCACAGUGGCUCAAUACUGCCUACCAUGGAUCUUUGUAUUUGGUCAAGACAAAAGGCCAGUGCCAGAGGACCCCUAGAUCCGCGAGGGUUGAUACGGUAAAAGCCGGUCAGAUAGACAAGAAGGUGCAAGGCCAUUAAGACAUUUAAAAACUAAUAACAGAACCUUAAAAUCGACAAUGCAGCGACUUUAAAACUGCUGUAAUGUGCUCUAUUAGUUUCACCUUUUAAAUCUAAUUGCUGGAAUUAACAAACCUUUGCACGAUAUUCUAAUUAUUUGAGUUUCACCUGUACUGGACCAUGCCUGUCAACGCACCUGAAAACGAGCGUCAGGAUGCAUUUCCUGUUUUCCAGGGCAACCUUCUGGACACGUAGUUCUUGUCUCGUACUUCCAAUGGGCCCACUGCGGAGUAUUUUCCAGGACUUCCUGGUAGAAACAGCUUUAAAAGACCUGCACACAUUCUUUUAAUGACAAUGUCCUGGCAGUUUAAUAACAAUCUUUGUGUUGGACCUCACAGUGGACUGGAGAUCCGCCGUUAUGUUUUUUUCAGGGCCGAUACCGAUUAUUAGCAGUCAAGGAGGCCCAUAACCCAUAUUUGGAGCCCAUAUUCAUUUGCAGUCAAAUAUAUUUACAAAAUACAGGAAAAACAUGCACUGUCCAAAAAAUGUGAUAAAACAAAAAUAAAGAGGUGCACAGCAGAAAGUGAACUUAAAGAAAAAGCAAGGCCAGCAACACUCGUGUCCUUCUAAUCAUUUUAAUACAAGCUGCUCAGGCGCUACCAAACACAGACCGCUUUCCACAAUGUCUUCAUCAGUGUGCCACUUUCACACUCACAUCACCACAAAAGUGCACAAAUAAUAGACAAAAUUGGAAAAUGAUGCAAAAUAAAUCAAAGACUCAGUACAUUAUCAUAGGAAAUCAAAUAAAACAAUUUAAAGAAAAUAUAUAUAUAUAUAUGUAUAUAUUUCUUAUUUCUUUAACUAAAAUAUAUUUAAACAUGAAUAAUAUGCGUAAGUUAACAGCUGGACAAGGUUUUCAAAACUAUGUCACACCAGUAGCGACAAAAUAAUAUAGCGCUAAUUUAGCACCAAAACCAUCAGGGAAUUCCACAAACAUCUUUAUUAUGUGUCUAAGAAGAACUUUGACAUGUCCAUUUCUAAAUAUGGGAAAUCUCCUGGGAAAAUUGGUGAAAAUAUGGGAUUUCUCUCCAUCCCAAUAACUCACCAUCCACUCAGUUGUAUACAGUUUGUCCAUUUAUUGCAUUGAACAUUGAACAAAAUACACCAUUUUUAAUAAGAACUAUUUUGGGCUCCUUCACAUAGCUAAUAGAUGAGACAUUUUUCAAUGGUGGGUGUUACAGAAAGUAUGAGAAUGUGUGAGCUGCUGCCUGCUCUUCUUAUAUAAUAAGUCUUCUUUUUGUCCAAAAAAAUGUACACAAAGUCUGGACGUUUGGCAAAGAUAUAUUUUCUGUUGUCUUCAUGUCCGUCCAUCUCUGUCACAUUUCUCCAGGAGUGUCAAACACGUUUUAGCUCAGUGGCCGCAUGGAGGAAAAUCUAUUCCCAACUGGUAAAAUCAUGGCAUAAUAACAUCAGAAUAAAUACAACUUCAGAUUGUUUUCUUUGUCUUACUUUGGCCAAAAAUAGAACAAACACAUUCUGAAAAUAUUACAAUAAAAAUAUAGAAAAAACUAGCGGCAGCGGUAAAGUUUAGAUCCAUGAAGGAAAGAAGAAAGUGAAUGAAUGUUUAUAACUGAAUACAUUUACAUAUGCAGAAAAAUGUGUUUUCUUUUCUAACAUUUAUGACAACCUUUUUCCAAAACACGAUAUAGAAUGUGAGAUAUAACAGGAUCAUGCCUACAUUUAGCAUUUGUUUUCAAAACGCUUACAAAAAUCUACUGUGGGACCCCAUUUUUAUGACUUGAUGGCCUAGCGCCAACACUGAUGGAGUAUUGGUACGUGCAAAACAGCAGCAGGUUGUAAUACUAAUCAAAUAUCAUCCCAUAGAUCUUUCAUUCGCCAGCCUUGACUUUGACACAUAGGCGUUAUUCCAUGAAAUCACACAGCACAAAACUGGCCGCUCUCCUUUAAGAGAGGCUCCGAGGCUUGUUGAGUGGAUGCCAUCACUGCAGUCGCAAAAACAAACCGGAAGCAAGAAGGACAAAAGCUGGAUUUCCCUGCAAAAAAAGGGAGUUGUGGUGGAAAAUAAAAGAAGAAACUUUUCUCAAGCAAGGCAAAAAGGUGCUUGACCAGUAGUUAUUUCUGUCUACUUCACUGGUAUUUAUUGUAUCUGCUCGUGUAGUUGUAAGACUAUUAAAAAUGAAUCAUUUCAAAAAAAGCCAAUAAUCUGUGGAUCUUUACAGUGGACUCGGGGCGGAACCUUGGAGAACUCCUCCAUGAGAAUGGAAGGUUAGUCCUCCAUGUGGGUUCAGCAGCAUUCUUGUGAAAGCUCCAAACAAGUCGUCGCAGUAAACGCCCUCUGCACUUUUGCAACACACAGACGGGUUUGUUCUGGUCCGCUCAAGUUGGGACAAGACUUUGUGCUCACCCAUGUGUGUGCGUGCCGCAUUGUGUUCCCACUUCA